ACUCGCGCGCUGCUGAUAAACAAAACGGAAAUAUUUACAAAGCAGGCGCUGCGGUUGUCAAUCAUAAAAACAUUGAACGCAAACUCAGCUUGUCAUAAUCAACACUCGGCGCUCAAAGUGUGCACGUCGCUUUCUCGUACAAAAAAAUAUUUCGUAUAACUUUUUUUUCGAUGUGCGCUUAACUAAAACGGUAAUUCUCAGUGUAGAUAUAUUACAAUCAGCACUGACAUAAAUAUUUAUAUACCACUACGCUUCCCCAAUUAGGAAUAAAUAAUUCAUUAAAAGAAUCAAAAAAAGGAGAAAAAACUAUAAAAAAUUCAAUAAACAUGAGUGAGAAACUGGUAAACGGUAAUUGCAACGGCAACAACAAAUGUAAUGGCACAAAAAAGGAAGUACGCGUGUGGUGUGAUGGCUGCUAUGACAUGGUGCACUUCGGGCAUGCCAAUUCACUGCGACAGGCCAAGGCAUUGGGCGACAAAGUAAUUGUGGGCAUACACACCGAUGAAGAGAUUACCAAACAUAAGGGACCGCCGGUAUUUACCGAGGAGGAGCGCGUAAAAAUGGUCAAGGGCAUUAAGUGGGUGGACGAGGUGGUGCUGGGAGCGCCAUAUGUGACCUCACUAGAGGUUCUAGAUCAAAAUAACUGUGAUUUUUGUGUGCAUGGCGAUGACAUCACAAUGACUGCUGAGGGUGUGGACACAUAUCAUCUGGUUAAGUCAGCAAAUCGUUACAAGGAAGUCAAGCGCACCGCGGGCGUGUCAACCACAGAUCUUGUGGGUCGCAUGCUCCUGCUGACACGCAAUCAUUUUCGUCAGGGCUCCGCCGAAUAUGAUAUCGAGAAAGAAGCAAAACUUUUAAAGAUUCAACAACUGCAAUCCCGUUUAGGUUCAUCGAACAUGGGCCAGGAUUCAGCGGCAAAAAGUCCUUGGACUGGCUGCAGUCAGUUUCUGCCCACAACCCAAAAGAUAAUACAAUUCAGCGAUGGCAAAUCUCCACAACCAGGCGAUAAGAUUGGUUAUGCAGCGGGCGCUUUUGAUUUGUUUCAUGUUGGCCAUUUGGAUUUCCUGGAGAAGGCACGCAAGCUGUGCGAUUAUCUAAUUGUGGGUCUGCAUACAGAUCCCGUUGUCAACUCGUACAAGGGCAGCAACUAUCCCAUUAUGAAUCUGCACGAGCGUGUGCUGAGCGUUUUGGCCUGCAAGUUUGUCAACGAGGUUGUCAUUGGUGCACCCUAUUGCGUAACUGAGGAGCUACUGGAUCAUUUCAAAAUCGAUAUUGUCUGCCAUGGCAGCACGCCCAUUGCACUGGAGGAUGGCAAAAUAGAUCCGUAUUCGGUGCCCAAGAUGCGUACGAUCUUUGAGACAAUCAUCUCUGGCAAUGACAUGACCACAGAACGCAUUGUGGAGCGCAUUAUUUCGCAUCGGCUGGAGUACGAGCGUCGCAAUCAAGCCAAAGAGAAGAAGGAAAUCGAAGCGUUCGAGGCGUUGCAGCGGCAAAAGCAAACACAAAAGGCAGGCUAGAGGAGCUCCUCUUCAAGCAAUUGUUGUUAUUGUUGCGUUUCAUCUUUUAACUAAGCUUAGUUAAUGUGUUUUUUAGUUUACACACCAAAAGUUUCUCGUUCGAGUUGCUCGUUACGUUUUUAAGAUUUUGUCAAAUUAUUUUUGCGCAUUUCUGUUUUUGUUUUUUGUUUAUGACAAAAGCGAAAAAACAAUUAUUUACACGCAAGUGUGCACAUAUACCAAAGCUAUGUGUAUAUAUGCAUGCUGCAUUAAUUUAAAAUUUAGCCAUAAUUAAUUACUAAAUUUUAUGUAUGUUUAUUUAGGCUCAUACUUUUUGUAAAUUUUAUUGUACUGUGUAUGUUUGUAAGCGUCAAGCGCGUGCUAAAGCCCCCAAAAAAAUCUGUACGAAAUAUAUCAUGUGUAUGAUUACAAAAAGA